GGCCGGGCGUAGGGCCGGCUCCGUGCCCGCACGUCCGGAGGCCGUAGGUAGGUGUGCCCGCAGCGCCGGGUGCUGUCCGAGACGAGAAAUGUGACAGCCCGUGCAAAAUACGGUCCCGCUGCGGUUUGUGUCUCCCUUCUGCGACUCGCUGGGUACUUAAAUUCCCUUUGGCACGUUAACAGGGCUGUCCAGGCACUUUGCACUUUGUUUCGUUCAGUGUAUCUUUGCCUGCCUACAUCAAUCUGCAAGGGAGUUGCAGAAAAGCCUCAUGUUCAUCGAGCCGUGAGUCACAACCAAUUUUUAAAGCUGUUAUAACAAAAAAAAAAAGUGUUUGCUUUUUUUCACAAGUAACUUUAAAAGUGUAGCUUAGAAAGAAAAAAAAAACUUAAAAAAAAUUUCAGUAGACACAACAUUAUUCCUGGAUGCUUGUGAAUCCUAAACUAUAUUCAUACUUUAGUAUUACACAUACCUGUGUCAUAUGCACAGAUGAGCUUUAAAAUUGUCACAUACCAUUACCACUUUGCCUUUACUUUUAUGUAUCAUUCCCCUGACUUCCUUACUGCAGGUGUGGGCAAGAAAGCUUUUCCUUUAAAACUUUUCAACAAUGGGCAUAAAAUUCUGCAGCUGAGGUCUUGAAGAAUGCAGAUGGGAGAUGAAACCAGACAAAGGGUGAAGUUCACAGACGACCGUGUGUGCAAGAGCCACCUGCUGGAUUGCUGUCCUCACGAUAUCCUGGCUGGAACAAGAAUGGACCUGGGAGAAUGUACAAAGAUCCAUGACUUGGCUCUGCGAGCAGAUUAUGAGAUUGCAAGUAAAGAGAGAGACCUGUUUUUUGAGCUGGAUGCCAUGGAUCACCUGGAAUCCUUCAUUGCAGAGUGUGACAGGAGAACAGAACUGGCCAAGAAACGCCUGGCUGAGACACAGGAAGAGAUCAGUGCUGAAGUGUCUGCAAAGGCAGAGAAAGUCCAUGAGCUGAAUGAAGAUAUUGGAAAACUCCUAGCUAAAGCAGAACAGCUGGGAGCUGAAGGAAAUGUUGAUGAGUCUCAAAAGAUCCUGAUGGAAGUGGAGAAAGUCCGAGCGAAAAAGAAAGAGGCAGAGGAGGAAUACCGAAAUUCAAUGCCUGCAUCCAGCUUCCAGCAGCAGAAGCUGCGUGUGUGUGAAGUCUGCUCAGCAUAUCUGGGUCUCCAUGACAACGACCGGCGUCUUGCUGACCACUUCGGAGGCAAAUUACACUUGGGCUUCAUUCAGAUUCGUGAGAAACUGGAUCAGCUGAGGAAAACAGUGGCAGAAAAGCAAGAGAAGAGAAACCAGGAUCGUUUGAGACGGAGAGAGGAGAGAGAACGAGAGGAGAGGAUGGGCAGACGGUCUGGAUCAAGAAAUAGAGAUCGUCGAAGAUCGCGGUCCCGGGAGCGGAGGCGGAGACGCUCCAGAUCAGCCUCCCGGGAGCGGCGGAAGUCGCGCUCCCGCUCCCGGGACCGACACCGGCGCCACCGGAGCCGCUCCCGCAGCCACAGCAGAGGUCACCGCCGGGGCUCCAGAGACAGGAGUUCCAAACACAAAUCUUCUAGAGAUCGAUCUUCAAGAGAAAAGUCCCGAGACAGAGAGAGGAAAGAGAAGAGCUCUUCUGAGAGGCGGCACGAGAGCACAAACGGCAAAUCUCGUUCCAAGAGGUCAGAAGAGAGAGAAGCUGGAGAGAUCUGAACUCAAACGAUCUGUGUUGCACUGUAAAUAGUCUGAUAAACAUUCUACACGAAGCCUAAAUUUCCCAUUUAUAUUUACUGAAUACAACUCAUCUUUUGUAGUUUGGGAUUUUUAUUGUUUGGCAGAUAGCUGUGAGUUUGUAGAGACACAGGAGUUACGUACUGUUUAACAGGAUUUUGUUUUAGUAGGAAUAAAUAAAUCUGGAUGGAUGGUUUUCAGUCCAGGCCAGUGUGGACACCCCGUGUUUGUCCUGACGCAGCGAGCGCAGCGGUCGGGGUCACGCUGUGCCUGGAGCCCUGAGCUGCCCUGACCUUUGUAACGCUUCAGCCCUUUCCAGAAAUCCCACCUGACCCUCUGGGAGCACACCAGUACCACUGGUUCUCAAUUAUAUUUUGUCCUUCUGUUUAUAUAUGUUAAAAAAAAAAAAAAUCAGAUUUCUUUUUUUCCUUCCUUUUAGUACUUAGCCAUCUCAUUUUUAUGUCUCCAGCACUUGAGAGUUGCCUCACUUGCUCAGCUAAGGCAAAACCAGACAAAAUUUGGCCCUGAUCUAUUCUGAAAGCUCUUUCUCUUUGAGGAUGACCAGAUUGAGCUGAACCAUGUUUCUAAGCUGGGCUCAAGUCUGGUUUUAGUACCUUUACAGUUCAGAUAGUUGAGCUGGUGUGAGCAAAGCAGUGGGAAGCCUGGCUGUGUUCUUCUCCAGAGAAGCACAGCCACAGCUCCUCUGCCUCUUUACUGUGCACUCUGCAGUCAGAGCUUCCUGCGCGGCUUUCUGACCUGCAGACCAAAGCGCUGCUGUGUUUCCAAGGCCAGUCAGGCAGAAUGUGCCGAGGGGCAGAGGGACUCGGGCCGGAGCCCGUGCCAGCGUGUGCCCUCCGGGGCGCGGCACCGGCCGUGUCCCCGCGGGAGGCCGCUGCCGGCCGUCACUCGCUGACUGUGCCUCGCUUUGUCCCACGAGGGCAGGGAGGCGCCUGGCUGUGCCAGCCCCGGCCGCGACCCCCGGGCUCGGCCUCUUGUGGGAACGGUGCGAGCGAAGCCCCGGUCACCCGCCGAGGCAGGAGCCGGCCGGCCGCUCGUUAGCGCGGUGAGGCGGUUAAUUACCGCCGUUAAUUGCCGUUCCCAGGCCCGGGCUCCGGCCGGCGCUGCCCCUCCCUCCAUUCUCUGCCUGCCCCCGAACGCGGCUCCGGUCCGGCCGCGGUGCUGCCCCGCUGUCAGUCCCUAGUGCAUGCCCCCCUUCCCUGUCCGUUUUUACGAUUAACUCCGCGGUUUCACGUGUUGUUUUUGUAACCUCCGUGUGGGGCGCGGGGGGCGGCGGGCGCGCGCUCGGGGUGCCCGUACGUGCCUGUGCUGUUCUCCCGCGGUCUGAGCGCAUUAAAGAUCUGUGUUUGUGGC